CGAAACGCGUUCUUCUCUCGCAGCCCCAACCCCAAAUCUUUUUUCUGAGAGAGAAAUUUCGGGUUGGGGUUUGCAGAGAAGCGGAGGAAGGAAGAUCCGAGGAUCCACAGAGAACGAGGGAAAUCUCUCUCUCUCUCUCCCUCUCUCUGGUCGAAUCGAUUGUUCGAAUCGAGACCAGGUCUCGGUCGAUCGAUUGUUCGUUGGAUCGCGAAGAGAUUUCCAAAAGAAAAAAAGAUGCGGCAGUCGCAAGCUUUUAAAAUCCCAGAAAACGACGCCACCGACGAUAUGCACGAGGCGAUGUUCGCGAAGAGGGGAUGCUGUUUCAUGUUGCCAUGCCUGGGCUCAUCUCAGCCGUCCGCCGCCGGAUCUGUGUGGUGGCAGAGAAUCAGAACCGUGGAUAAAUGCGAGGCCGAGGAGCGGUGGUGGUACCGCAGAUGGCGGAAGACCCGGGAGUGGUCAGAGCUUGUCGCUGGGCCCAGGUGGAAGACAUUCAUCCGCCGCUUCGGGCGUCACCGCGGUAGCUGCGGCGGAGGGGGGAUUUCGGCCCGGCAGGAUCACGGGACAUUCCAGUACGAUCCAUUUAGCUACUCACUGAACUUCGACGACGGAGGUCAAAACGGUCAUUUCGACGAUGGGUUUCCCUACAGAGAUUUCUCGGCGAGGUUUACCGGACCGCCGUCUCUGCCGGUGUCCACGAAGUGCUCCAUUGAUUUCGACAACGACAUUGUCGCUCUGUCCAAGUGAGCGUCACGCGCUUUGUCGUUUUAUUCGGGGCUGUCAUCUAACGUGCGCCACAUCGGUCGUGCAUGGGAAAUGAGGCCGUGGGAAUAUAUUAGCGUUGACUCUCUCUCUCUUUACAGAGAUAAAUCAAUUACCUUUUUGUAUUCCCUUCUGUAAUCUUUCUCCUUACAAAGAAAGUGUUGUAUUUUAAUUA